AUGUUGAAAUACUUUAUCAUUUUAACUUACUUGAAGUUGAGUUAUGGUGGUCUAAUUUUAGGUUUAUGCUCAACUUCAAAUGUUGGUUCUGAUGAAGUUACUUAUCAGUUUAUGUCAAAUGGGUAUUGUAAGACUCACUGUAUAAGUGUUAAUGCAGCUUAUGGGAUCGUCCAAGGAAGUAGUUGUUGGUGUUCAAAUGAUUUACCUACAUCUCAAACUUCAAUGAGUAAUUGUCAACAGGAAUGUCCAGGAUAUCCUAGUGAAAAUUGUGCAAAACUGGGUUAUUAUGGAUAUAUAGAUAUUAAUGAUGCUAAUAAUAGUGAUAUAGAGUUACCAUCAUCGACACAAAGUUCUACAACUACUUCAUCGACUUCCCGUUCAAGCUCAUCUCCUUCAAGGACCAAUUCAAGGACCUCCAGUUCUAGAAGUUCAAGUUCAAGAACUUCCACCACAACUUCAUCUUCAUCCCCAUCAUCAACAUCCCCAACGUCAUCUAGCUCUUCAGAGGUUUCUACAGAGUCCAGUUCAGAGAUCGUUUCAUCAUCAUCAAUUUCAAGUUCCACUUCGGAAUCGUUAUCAACCGCAGUUUCAGAAUCCCAAAAUUCCGAGGAUAGUUCAAUAACUCAACAACCUUCAAUCAUCGUCUCCAUAAAAACCGUUGGUGGUAGUGAGAUCGUUAAGACGGAAUUUGUCACUGCUGACCCUACCCCUGAAUCUACUUCAGGUACUUCGACGUCAGCCGCUUCAAGUGAGGUACCCCAUAAUAAUAAAAGUUUUUUUGAUUCCAAGGGGAAAGUUGCAGGGACUUUCACUGCUGUAGGAGUAGUUGUUCUAGGAUUAGUAUUGGGAUUGAUUUAUUGUUGUUUCUGUGUCGGAGGACGGAAAUCCGAUGACUAUAGUGAUGAAGAACAACAAUAUUCCAGUGAUGAAAGUACAAAAGCUCCAGUUCUAAUAACUAAAAAUGGAUCAGGUAAUUCAAUAAACCAAUCCACCCCUCAAUCCCUUAAGAGGGACAAUUCCAAUAAAUCAAUUUUUUCAAUCUUAGGUAAAGAAUCGUCAAUGGGAGGAUUAACCAGAAAUUUAAGUAAGAAAAAAUUGAAUAGUGGAAUGAAACCUGAUUCCCCUAAUCCAAUCACUAACGAAGAUUUCGAUGGAUUACAAAUGUUCCCCAUAACCGAGUUUGAAUCAUCUAAACAUGAUUCUAGGUUGGAACCUUUAUUUACUAAUAAUAACUUUUCAAGCCAAUCCUUAGGAGAUAAUAUCGAUUACUCGAGGAAAUUAAAGAUUGUUAAUCCCGAAGAUGACUAA